AUGAGGACAAGUUGUCUUCUGGCUGAGAGUUUAGAUGGUGGUAAAAAUAGAAAAGGUAAAGAUAAAAAACCUCUUCGUGAGGGUACGAUGCCUGAUAGUUUCGUGCAUAUAAUGAACUAUUUUGAUAGUAAUGGUGUAAAAAGGCCUAAGGGAAUUAGAUGGGUUCUUGAAAAACGAGUUCCAGAAAAAGUUUUUGAAGAAUUCGAAGAAUUCGCUCAUAACUAA